GAAGACAGAAGGACAGACACACAGAUGAGGCAGACACUGUCGUCGUCUGAAUGAAUCUCCUCCACCUGUUGCUUCACCUCACUGCAUCUUCAUCACUGCCAGGUGUGAAGGACGGACGUUGGUGGACCUGGAAGACAACGAGGGUGACACACACACACACUGGAACUAGGAAGAAGACACAGAGUGAGACACAGAGGGAGACACAGUGUGAGACACAGAGUGAGGCACUGAUCGUCGUGCACGAUGCCAGCAGCUGGACUCAGGUUCUCGGACAUGGACGGGUCGGUGGAGAUGCAGGACGAGCGUGUGGACGCUGCCCGGAGCAGAGCCGGCAGCUGUGUGGAGUUCUCUUCACUCAAAAAGAUGAAGACUUUGGCUCAGAGACGACAGUCGGCGCCAUCACUGGUCAUCAGCAAAGCACUUACCAGAUCCAGAAGCACGUCCAGGGAAAGCUGCCUGACGCCAGUCAGCCCGGAGUCCAGUCCCCUGGUCCAGGCCUUCCUGGCCGAGGGUCCAGGCCGCCUGUUCCUGGGCCACGCCCAAGCGCAGCUGAAGACGGGCCUGCAGACGCAGGAGAGACACCUCUUCCUCUUCACAGACGCGCUGCUCGUCGCCAAGGCCAAGUCUCCGACUCAUUUUAAAGUGAAAGCCCAAGUGCGGGUGUGUGAGAUGUGGAUGGCCAACUGUUUGGAAGAGGUGUGUGAAGGUAGCACCAUCCCAGAGAGGAGCUUCGUCAUGGGCUGGCCCACCUGCAACUGUGUCGCCACCUUCAGCUCCGAGGAGCUCAAGGACAAAUGGCUGACACUCAUCAAAAGUCGGAUAAGUGAGGGGAAAGAGAAAGAUGACCCCAAGACCAUUCCACUCAAGAUAUUCGCCAAAGAUAUCGGGAACUGUGCAUAUGCCAAGACGCUCGCGGUCAGCAACACUGACAGCACCACUGAUGUCAUCCGCAUGGCUCUGCUGCAGUUUGGCAUAUCAGGUUGUGUUAAAGACCACCGGUUGUGGGUGAGCUCCAGUAAGGACGACCCUCCAUACCCGCUAAUCGGCCACGAGUUUCCUUUUAGCAUCAAGAUGAGCCACAUUCGGGAUGGUGGGAGCAGCAGUGGAGGACCAGGAGGAGGAGGGGGACGGGAUCCAACCAGUCCCUGCACAGACUGUCCAGAAGUCCUGCUACUGGACCAGUGUCUCCCUCCUGACACCCAGUGCCAGUUCAUCCUCAAGCACAACAAAGUUGCACCAGGACAACUGAUAGAGCCUGGUCAGCCAAAGUCUUUCAAGAGGAAGCGUUCUCUGAUCAACUGGCCCUUCUGGAGAGGCUCCAGCCCACAGCUGGACGGCCUGCCCCUGUCCCCGACCCCGCUGUCCCCCAGCCAGGGUCGUCUGUUCGGACGACCCCUCAGCUCCGUCUGCUCUCCGGACCACGGCCUGCCCAAACCUGUCAUGGACAUGCUGGUCUUCCUGUAUCUGGAGGGUCCGUACACCAAAGGCGUCUUCAGGCGCUCGGCCGGGGCCAAAGCCUGCCGGGAACUACGAGACAGACUGGACAGUGGGACUGAAGACCCGGAGAUCUCACACCAGUCUGUGUUCAUCAUCGCUGCCGUCCUCAAGGAUUUCCUGCGAAAUAUCCCGAGCAGUUUGUUGAGUGUGGAUCUGUACGAGCAGUGGAUGGACGUGAUGGAGGAGGACAGAGGGGACGAGAGGACGCCCACUGUCCAGAGGUUGCUCCGCCUCCUUCCCGCUGAGAACCUGCUCCUUCUGCGGCACGUCGUCGCCAUCUUGCACCGUAUCCAAGGCAACGCCCUCGACAACCAGAUGAACGCCUUCAAUCUGUCCGUCUGCAUCGCUCCCAGCAUGCUCUGGGCUCCGGCGCCGAGCACCCCCGAGAUGGAGGGGGAGGGGACGAAAAAGGUGUGUGAGCUGGUCCACUUCCUCAUCGAGAACUGCAGCAGCGUCCUGGGAGAAGAUAUCACCACGCUGUUCAGGAGCUUCAGCCAGAAGAGCAGCAGCAGUGACCACGGAUCAGACGCGUCGUCCUUCCAGAUGAACGACUCGUCCUACGACAGCCUGGAGAACGAGCUCAACGACGAGCCCGAGUCUCCCUGUCAGGAGCAGCUGCCGCUCCGCGACAAGGACAAGCCCGACAGCCGCAGCCGGGACUCUGUCAUCACGCUCAGCGACUGCGACCCCGACCCCGACGCGGAGGCCGACCUCUUGCUGCAGCUCCCCCCGCUGGCCAGACCUCGGAGGUUCAGCCCCGCAGUGCGACAGCCGCGCACACGGCAGGCUAACGGCACGUCGCAGGGCUCCAGGAGGCUGAGGAGGAGUUCGGAACCCGCCUUGGCUCUAGAGACCACGCCUCCGUCAGGCACCCUGGUGGUUCAUGCCAACAAUCUCUGCCGGCCGCAGAGGAAGGCAAGCUACGACGCCGCCAUGGUGGGAGAGCGCGAGGAGGGGGAGGACGAGGUGUUUCUGGAGCAGAGGCUAAACGGACUCCAGCUGAAGCAGGAGGGCGAGGAUGGGCGUGAGAAGGGAGGAGCUAAAGCCCAGAAUGGCGGGUGGAGGAAAGUGAAGCAUGCGCCGCCGCCUCCGUUAAGACUGGACGCCAGCUGCUCCAGUCUGUCCUCACCUGCGACCUCACCCACAGGCUCCUCCCUCAGCUCGUUAGACUCCGCCUUCUCACAGUAUUCAACAGACUACACCACCAACGGUGCGACUCUGUCGACCGAGCCUCCACCGCUCUCACCUCUCUUUCCCGUGCGGCCACAGCUGUCGCCCAGAGGUUCACCCCCUCGGGGUGGGCAAGCCACGCCUUUGAUUCCACAGCCCGCCCGGGCGGUCACCAGCGUCCCCCACUCCCACGGCCUCCAUCCUAACAUGUGGCUCAAGAGGGACCGCCGUCUGUCACUGAAGCAGUCCGAUAACGGACACACGGACGAGGACUUACCCGAGGUGAACGGGAAAAACAGCCCGGCGUGUAACGGCCACCAGAAGGCGGCGGUGGCGGCGACGGCAGUGACUCAGCGUAGAUCCAGCAGUCCUCCGUCCUACCAGCAGGCGCUGCUGCAGCUGCAACGCUGCCGCUCGCCGUUCUACAAGGGGACAGAGAAACCUCUGACAGUCAGAGAGCUGAGGCAGCUCCACGAUCAAACAUGUACCUUCAGACCUCCGUCAACCCCAAACCAGACUCCUAAUAAUCCUAAUCCACACACAGGAAGUGAGGUCACACAGAGGGCGGCUGGGAACGAGCGUGUGCAGCCGCCACAGGGGGUCUUCUACGGACAGAGCAACACAACUCUGGUCCUCCAGAGGAAAAAGUCCAACUCGCUAACUCCGACCGUGACGGAUCAGAGAGGGCGGACCCUUCCUCUCCCUCGCCGAGCGUCUGAACCCGCCAAGUCGUCCACGAACUCCUUGAACCCCGGCUCCUCCUCCUCUUCUAUGACCCUGAACAGACCUCGGACUCUCAAGGGUCAGACCCAAGAUGGCGGACUCAGGGUGUCGGACGUGGAGCCCGGCCACGUGGAGCCGCGCUUCUGCCUGUCUCCCUCCGCCACGCGGACUGUCAGGGACUACUUUUCGUCACAGGAGCAGGAGGACGGCAACGCGUGCCUGCGGAGGAGCCAGGAGGUGGCGCUGGCGAUCGUGCAGGGCAAGAGGGAGUGGCAGAGCAAGCGCUGCAGCGACCCGCACGUCGACGACUUUGAGCAGCUGUUUUUCGCGGAAGAGUCGUACGUGUAAAUAAUUGUACAGAUAACUAAUGUGUGUGAGAUGGAUUUUUUUUUUUUUCUACCAGUUUUGUCAUAAAUUAUGUGAUUAUAUUCGUCCACUUACACAAUUUUCCCCUCUGGCAGCAGCAGAAUUUGAAGUUUGAACAAGUUUGAACAUUAAUCUUCUUUGACAAUAAGUAAAAAACCAAGAUUUAUCGAGUAUUGAAGUCGGAUUUUGUGACACAGCCUUAAGGCUGAAAGAUUUGGUUUGCGAUAUGUAAUUUACCUGAUAGACGUACAUGGUUAUUGUCAUUUGCAGAAUUGUUCAAAGGCGAGCUUCCGUUCAAUAUUUACGUAAUAUAACGUCUUAGAUCUACGAUUAAAAUAUUGGCUAAUGCAAGGGUUUCCAUUGUUUCAAAUUGGGAUUUAGCGCUAGCCAGCGUCACGGAUUGUCAAAAACAGUGAUGGCGUCCAGAAAACCCAAAAAACUGAAUUUCGGACUUCAGUGUUUAACUAAAUUUAGCUAAAUGUAUAUUUAAAUUCUGACAUAAAUACACCGAUACACAAAUUUCCUUUACCAAUUUAUAUGCAAACAGAAGCAAAGACAUACACAGACAGGUGUAACACAUGUUUAUAACUUAUUAUAUAAGCUUUUAACGUUAAUGUUUAAAACAACACCUGUGAUGCCAGAGGACGAGGAAACAACGAGAUUCCCUCCACUGAACACAGCGUACAUCGUGUACCUUUAAGACAAUAAUACACAAUAAUGGAGAAUUUGACAUUUUAACAUAAUUGUACCUUCUUGUUUUUGGUGACCAAUAAUUACAUACAUGUGUUUCAGUGAUAUAAGUGAAUCAGUCCAGUCUGUAUUUAUUUGUACGAGUCAAGUUUCCAGACGCACAGUUUCUUGUUUUUUUUUGGUUAAUUUUUAAACUCUGGUUUAAUUCUCCGUCACCUUUGUGUGUGUGUGUGUGUGUGUGUGUCCAGUACUGUGCAAAAGUCUUAGUCCACCAUUAGCUUGUUGUUGUUUCAGCUACACUAUAAUUACUUCUCAGUGACUUUACUGGAACACUUCCAGAACCUACAGGAAACAUGGACGGAGUUUUUAAAAUAAUAGAAAAACAGGUUUAAGUGUCAAGAAUUCCGUGUGACCUACUUUUACAUUUGACAAAUACACUGUGUGGACAAAAGUACUUAGACGCCUGACCAUGACACCAACAGGGACUGUAAUAACAUGCUCGUAUACAGGACAGGACCUUUUUGUAGCUAUAAGAGCUUCCACUCUUCUUGGAAGACUUUCCUCAAGAUAUUCUUUGGGAUUUUUGUUGGGACGAGAAGACCUGGCUCACAAUCUCUGUACCAGGUCGUUCUUCCACACCAAACUCAAAGUCAAACCAUGUCUUUAUAGUCCUAUAGAAGCAUAGCAUUGUCCAAAAUGUCUCGGUAUGCUGAAGAGUUCACUGGAGACAAGGAGGCCGAGUGCCCAAAGCCUGAAUUCAAUACUUAACAGGUGUGGACAAAUACUUUUGUCCAUGUAGUGUUUACUGAAGACGUGCUUGAACUUUGCAGACACUUGUUCGACAGAAGUAGAAACAACAAAGCUGAGACUUCUGCACAGUACUGUAUGUCUCUGUGAGGACCAGGGUUAAGACUUAGCUUUGGGAUUAGGGUUACAACUCAGGUUUAUGUUUAGGGUUAGGGUUAAUGGUUGGGUUUCUCAACCCUGGUCCUGGUGAUCCACUGCCCUGCAGGUUUUAGACGUUUCUCUGCUCCAACAUUCCAUCCAUUGUCUACCACUUUGUCCUCCACGUGAGGGUCACACAGCUGCUGGUGCCAAUCCCAGCUAACGUAGGUCAUGCAAACUCCCAACAGCCACUGUGUGGCCACUUGCUCCAACACACCUGAUUCAAAUACAUGGGUCGUUACCAGGCUUCUCCAGUUUGAUGAGGUCAACAUGUGUAUCAGGUGUGUCGGUGCAAGGAACCUUCAAAAACAUGCAGGGCAGUAGUGGAUCCUCAGGACCAGGACCAGGACUGAGAAGCCCUGUGAGUGUCCUCACUAAGAACACUGUAGAAGAAUGUGUGUGGUCUUGUAUGAGUAUCUUUGUGAGGACCAAAAAAACCUAGAAACCACAGGGAGUGAGGACAAUUUGGCUGGUCCUGACAUUCUGUCACCCCUUAAAAGAGCCUUUUGAGGGUUAAGACCUGGUUUUAGGAUUAAGUUAAGGGGUUAGGGUGUGUGUGUGUGUGUGUGUGUCAGCCAGUCUUGAGCAGGACUGUGAGGAAACCAUGUUCCACUGAGGGAGACGUCUCUUUUUAUUAUUGCUUUGAAAGCACUUCAAUGGUCUCAGCAAGAAACACCAACCCUGUGUGUGUGUGUGUCUGUGUGUGUUCUUGUAUGAGUACCUUUCUGAGGACCAUUCUGUCAACCCUUAAAAUGGCUUUUUCAGGGUUAAGACCUGGUUUUAGGGUGAGGGUAAGGGGCUCAAGAAUGAGUGUCCUCACAAUGAAUUCAGCACAAACGUGUGUGUGUGUGUGAGAAGCAUCAUUCAAAACACUUUCUUUACCUGUUCUGUUGUAUAUUUGUGUAUAAUAAUGAUAUUUCUUUGCUGUGAUGAUUCCUAAUGUGACACUUGACAUUCGAUGACCUUAUUUCACUGUGCAUUGAUGUGUAUAUUUAUAUACAUGUAUAUAUAUAUAUAUACAUGUAUAUAUAUAUAUAUACAUACAUACAGUAGCUGUAGAUAAUGUCAGUAUUAUCACAGUGUUAUUAUUAGUAUAAACUUAGCUGUCACACACUGGAAUGAGGUCAUUGUCACAUCAAAUGUAAGUGUCGCCACUUUCAAAAUGUACUUUAUCCUGUUUCUGUCAAUAAUAAUUAUUCUCAUUGAUGAUGGUGAAUUGCGUCAAUCGUGUACAAUAGCUCUGCGUAUUUAUGUUAAAGAAAUAUAUAAAUAUAUAUAUGUCUAUAUAAAUAUUAUAUGAACUUCUUCCUUUGGUAUUUUGUGUUGUGUGUGUGUGUGUGUGAGAGCGGGAGAAAAGAAAUCACGUGUAUUUUUGUACAUGCCAAUUCUGCUGCUGCUGCUGCUGCUGCUGCUGUCGUCUCUAUAGAAACUAUAUUUGCUACAAAACGCACCACGUUGUAUAUUGUGUACAUCUGGCGUCCAACAUUCAUGAGAACAAAAAAUGUCAUUGACUUUAAUAAAUAAUGCUCUUAAGAAACAA